AUGUCUCCUUUGUAUGGAGCUAUGUGGUUGGAGAAGAAAGGAAAAUUCAGCCAAAGGUUCAUAGGACCCUUUGAGAUUCUUGAAAGAAUCGGGGAGUUGGCAUAUCGGUUAACUCUUCCACCAGCAUUAUCUCGACUGCAUGACGUGUUUCACGUGUCAAUGUUAAGAAAGUAUGUGAAGGAUCCCAUACAUAUAAUCAGUUAUGAGAAGCUGAGUGUAUAUCCUCAACUCUUCUACAAAGAGAAACCAAUAGCAAUUCUAGAUAGGAAGGAUAAAAUGUUGAGAAGUAAGACAAUGCCCUUAGUGAAGGUGCAAUGGUGCAAACACGAGGUUGAAGAAGCAACAUGGGAGACAAUGGGAAGAUGA